AUGCCACUGCCAAUGAGAACCGUUCCCCUCUCUGCGCUCGAAACCGAAAUCAAUGUACUCCCAAAUGGGAAGUCACGCAGUCCACCGAUUAAAUUAAUCGACUGCCCAUUGAAGGAAUUGGUGCAGUACAAGUGCAAUGUGCACCCAUCAAAGGAGAAAGGAAAGAAAGCUUUGGUGGCGUGUGAACCUGUCCUUAGGUUAUUACGGAAGUGUGAGAAUGGUUUGAGUGUUGAGACGACGGCUUGGGAGGGAUGGAAGGCAAGGCAGGACGUGGCAAAGGUGGAGGGGUGA